AUAAAUCAGUCACCUUUCUGUUCCAUCCGGGGCCUGAAGUGACUAAUUCGAGUGCAAGCAACAAUUGCAAACCCAUUAAAAAGGUGAGCGUUCGUGCAACGGUGCUGGUUUCCCGCUCUUUCCGUGAUCGUUAUAAAAAAGAUUGAGAUCAUGGCCAUGAAGGAAGUUUCUAGCAACAAAUGCUUUGGAGGUUUUCAGAAAGUGUUUGAACAUGACAGUGUGGAGCUGAAAUGUAAAAUGAAGUUUGGGAUUUAUUUACCGCCGAAGGCAGUAACUGAGAAAUGUCCUGUGUUGUACUGGCUGUCAGGACUAACAUGUACAGAACAAAACUUCAUAACCAAAGCUGGUUUCCAUCAAGCUGCAGCUGAACAUGGCCUUGUUGUAGUCGUUCCAGAUACCAGCCCACGUGGAUGCAAUAUUCAAGGAGAAGAAGAGAGCUGGGAUUUUGGCACUGGAGCCGGUUUUUAUGUAGAUGCCACAGAAGAAUUAUGGAAAACAAAUUAUCGCAUGUACUCUUACAUAAAAGAUGAGUUACCCAAUCUGAUCAAUGCCAAUUUCCCAGUUGAUUCUGGAAGGAUGUCAAUUUCAGGCCAUUCCAUGGGAGGCCAUGGGGCUCUCAUCUUGGCCCUAAAGAAUCCUGGAAAAUAUAAAUCUGUUUCAGCAUUUGCUCCAAUCUGCAACCCAAUACAGUGUCCAUGGGGGAAAAAGGCUUUUAGUGGAUAUCUAGGAUCGAACACAACGAAUUGGGAAGCCUAUGAUGCCACACACAUUGCAAAAUCUUAUCAAGGCUCUCCUCUGGAUAUCCUAAUAGACCAAGGCAAAGAUGAUCAGUUCCUUACAGCAGGACAGUUACUACCUGAUAAUUUCAUUGCUGCUUGCACAGAACGGAAAAUCCCAGUAGUUUUUAGGUUGCAGCAGGGCUACGAUCACAGUUACUACUUUAUCGCAACGUUCAUUAAUGACCAUAUCAGGCAUCAUGCCAAAUACCUCAAUGCUUGACUGAGUCUCGCCAUGGGAACGUCUUGACAGUGAAAAAUUUUGAAGUGAUCAGUGGAAAUAAACAGCAAAGGUUCUGCCUGUGAUUAGUAUUUCUAUAAACUGCAAUGAAGUCCUGAUUUAAUGAUUCAAAAUAAAUAUUUUUAACAUGCCUGUCUAAUUUUGAACCACAAAGCAAUAAAGACUGCAACUGUAAUACGGA